AUGGAGGGCUUGUCGGAAGAAGAACGCCUGAAAAUCCAAGCGGUCAUGGCGUGUGCCGAAUUGGAUGCAGCAGCUACCGCUGUCGCUAGCGCUGGACCAUCAGCGGCUGUCACCCCGCUUUCGUAUGCUCAAUCUGCUCAAAUCGUAUCGGGUAUGGAGGGCUUGUCGGAAGAAGAGCGCCUGAAGAUUCAAGCGGUCAUGGCGUGUGCAGAAUUGGACGCAGCCGCCACCGCUGUCGCUAGCGCUGGACCAUCAGCGGCUGUCACCCCGCUUUCCGACAUCCCGACCGCAGUGGAUUCGUUCGCAAAAACAGCACGAGAACGUAUCAUGGGUCCUGCACAGGAACCACGACUCAAGCAGGAUAGGGAACCAUCGAUUCCAACCCGAUCCGAUUCCACACCAUCACGAUCUCCGUCAAGUAUCUCAAUGAGAAGCGACGUUUCUUUGCCACCUAUGGAUGGUCUAUCUGAGAAGGAACGAGCUCACAUUGAGGCUGUCAUGGCUAGUGCUGAACGAGAUUCGAUGAUGUCCAUGGAACCGCAACCACCCAGCGAGAUGAUGAUCCCUCCUGGAUUGGAAGACCUUUCUGAAGAGGAGCGUCGGCAAAUCCUUGCUGUGAUGGCUGCUGCUGGAGCUGAAGCGUUGGAACCACCGCAGCCACAGAUCCGACGAAGUGGAAGUGCCACCGUUCUGCGACCAUCCCCAUCCACCUCCUCCAUUGCCUCUAAGGUCCAGCAACCGGAACGGCCACAUACGUCAAUGGGUCAGGUUCCCAGCGACGAAUUCGAAGUACCCGGCCUGGAAGGACUGUCCGCUGCUGAACGAGAACGAAUUCUGGCUGUGAUGGAGUCUGCAAAACGAGAUGCUGAAGAAUCGCGUGCAUCACCUGUUGAACCACUUCCGCCUCCGCCACAACCAACAACCACCAUCGCCGCUCCCACACCCGAGAUUGCGCCAUCUAUAAGCCCUUCCAUCCCGCCUGGUUUGGAAGAGCUCUCGGCUGAAGAGAAGGACAAGAUCAUGGCUGUCAUGGAGAGUGGAGUAAUAGAAGAACGGGCUGCUGCCGUUCCUUCGCUUCCAUCACCUCCCCAACCAACUUUCGAGACGCCUUCAGAACCAAUACCAGAACCAGCUGUCAUUCCUAGAACAUCUUCUGUUCCCAAGAUAUCACCCGAGCGGGAGGGUCGCCGUUCGUUUGACCAGAUGGUUCGAAGUCCAUCCGAAUUCUCACUCAAGGACAUUGCUGAGGGCGGUGCAGAAAGGAGAAGGGCAGCUGAAGACAGGAUCGAUUCAGUGAUUUCCUUAGCUUCUGAGGAUGAACACGAAGAUAGAGGAAUGCCCACGAGUCAAGCUAUCGAGUCAUUUGGAGCUUUGCCAGAAACACUCAGGGAUUCCCAGAUCAGAAAAGAAAAACCAUCGAGACUAGCUGAACAAGCUCUGGAAGAAUCGCCCGAAGAAGAUCUGCCCGGAGUCGAUUUGUCGCAUCUAUCGCCGUCUGAACGUGAGCAGAUCCGAGCUGUCAUGAGAAUGGCUCAGAUGGACGAUCCGGGAAGGCGAGAAGCAGCUCAACGGGAGCAGUACGAUAAGCCAAGUGUGACCACAAAGCCAGAUGCGCCAGCUGGCGACAAGAAACCUCGUCAGACGUCAAUGACAUCGUCUUCAGAACUCGGAUCGCCAACACGAGAGUCAGGAUACGGCACUACCUCGACGUCAUACGAUCACGAACUGGGUGAUUUCGCUACUAAGACUGAACGAAUGUAUGACGUAUUGGAAGAUGCCAGUGAAGUCAGAGAAGGCGCUCAUUCGAGGAAUGACUCUAGAGCUGAUGACCGACGUGAAGACUUCGACUUCACCUAUUCAGAUGCUCGAUUUUCGGGGCUUAAUGAUGAGAAUUACGAAGCGGACAGGUAUAAGGUCAGCUUACAUGACGAAAAGGGUAUCAGUGUAGACGCAGUGGAGAUGGACGAAGACGAUAUGUACAGAUCCCAGAGAACCGAUUGGUCCGGUGGAAGACCACGAAUGUGGACAACGGUGUUCGAAGGAGACGAAUCGGAGCAACCUUCUGAUGACGUGUUCCUUCAGCAGUCACCUACAGAAGCUGAUGGUGGAUCAGGUUAUGCUCUCAAAGAGAUUGAAUUUGACACCGGUGUGGUUCCGUCAUCGAAAGCCCUGCCAAGGACUUCGUCGAUACCAUGGACUCCGAUGGGGAUUGAGACGCCGAUAAGAGUGACACCUGCAACACCAGAGAUCACUGUUACCGUACAUGAUGACCGAAUGGAUAGCGAAGAUGAAGAGAGUGGAAGUGAAGAUGAUGAUGAAUAUCCGGACAAGGUGGUAGUCGCGCCAAUCGCCCCUACACCUUCAUAUGAAGAAGUUGAACAGGAACGGCAACGACAGGAGCAAUAUGGGAAGGAGGUCCUCCAACAAAUCCAAGCUUUUGGAGAAGCAGCUGACGAUGAAUUUGACGUCCAAUGGGCAAAAUCCACCCUGCAGAGGAGCAAAGAAAAGCGUGACGUUGCUGAGCCCACUAGUGAUGUGUCCCUGAUUUCCAAGGACAAAGAUGACACCCUCUCAAAACAGAAGCAUGACACACCCCUGGAAAUCUCUAAGGACGAGGAACGAAAGAAUCCAUUCUUGGAGUCGCCGGAAGAUGAAGAUGUGUCCGUUGACAUGGAAGAAGUGGAUGUGAACCGUGCAGCCCAGUACUACCAGAGCCAUUCGUUGUUCUGCCAUCGUCCUGGACCAGUUUACACAAUUCCCGAAGAUGCGAACGAAUGCGAUGGGACCAUUGAGAAUAGCGAAAGCCGAAUGAUUGCUCGGGAGAAGAAACGGCAAGCAGCACGUUCGGUAGCGAACUCGAUUAUCGGUAUGUAUGGUCAACCGACAGCGAUAAUCACCCGUGUCACUACUACCACCACUACAGCACCUUCUACUUCGACAUAUACGAUCAUCUCACUCGGAUCUGGAGCUUAUAUGUUAUCGCCAUCUUCCCACACCAUCAUCAAUACGGUGUCCGAUAUACCGGCGUCUAUCAGCGCUUCUAUAGACAAGACAAUGGCUGAUAUUGAAUCGCUGCUGGACUCCGUUUACACUUCGCAAAAGUCGCAGCCGAAUCUGCUUUACUACGAUCAGAAGUCGUUCCAACAGCAACCUGUCCCAGUAUCGACAUCGGCUGGUGUUACGACGUCGACGCCGACAACGACGACAGCCGAUGAAAUCGCCACAACCUCCACGGCCACCUCAGAUUCUUCGUUAACAGCCUUUUCACUAUCCAGGCCACUUGGCAGUACAUUGGAAUCCGUCAUGGCUCAUCCAGAAACGAUGGAUCACGAUAUUUCGCCCAGAGGCUUGAAACGCUCUCCUGGCAUGAUCAUCACAUCCGAUGUGUUCGGUGGGGCAAAAAUUCAUAAGGUGGAACCGACAGAGUCGAAGACAGCGACAACGGCAACAACGACGACGGCGACCACUCGAACUGAAGUCCCUGCAGUAGAUACAUUCAAUUCAGAACUGCCUAAUACCUUCGACGAGCUGAAAUCAUCGUACAAAUGGCUGCGGGAGAUCUCAGAGGUAAUAUUUAUUAAUUAUUUGUGA